AAUGUCAAGUGUCUAAUAUCUGUAGCUUUUUCUAAGGUCCUUGAUGGAACUCUAGGCAGUGUGCCUGCUGCAGAGCUGCUAAAAGCACUGCAACCACAUUACUGGUUUUCUGCUCAUCUUCAUUGUAAAUUUCCAGCAAUCAUUCAGCAUGGGGAGAACGGACCUGUGACUAAAUUCCUUGCACUCGAUAAAUGUCUCCGAGGGCGCAAAUUUUUGCAGAUUGUCGAUAUCGAAUCAGAUCCAGGACCUUAUGAAAUUCAGUAUGAUGAAGAAUGGCUUGCGAUAACACGAAAAUUUAAUAGUAUUUUCCCCUUGACUCACAAAUCUGUCCAGCUUGGGGGUCUUGAUGAGCAAGAUUAUCAGCAGUGGGUGAGAAAUAAGUUAAAUGCUAGAGGAGCCAAACCCUUUGAUUUUGUGCAAACAGUCCCAUCCUUUGAUCCUUCUCAACCAUUGUCCAAUCGUUCGCUUUGUGGUCAUAUCCGGAAUCCACAGACACAGUCUUUGCUACAGUUUCUGGAACUCCCAUAUCUCCUUGCUAUUACAGCUGAAGCCAACACACCAAGUACCAACUCAUUUAACUCAAGUAGCUAGUUGUGAUUUAUCUUA